UCCGAGUUCCAGCAUGCUAACAUGAAAACACGGAGGGAGGAGAUACGGCAGCGGGUAAACAGCAACAGGGCAAUCACAAAUUGGGCUCUAUGUCUGUAGUAAACACAUUUCCGGACAGAGAAGGAUAUCUGGACUCCUGCGACUGUCUUCAAUGUCAGCCCCUCAGACCGAACACUUCCGCUAGACUUCUUCCUCACACAACACUGCUAUAACGAAGCAAGCUCGGUGUGAGAAACUUUGACUUCUAUGGUGGCACGGCAGGAACACGCAACUCAGGGUAAUGGCAUCGCCUUUUGUUCCCGUUCCUGUGCCCAUGGACAGAGCCAUGUCACGUGGUAGCAAUAAGCUGAGACGAGCACAGCGAGCUUCAUCACUGGGAAGCGUCUCCAGCAGCUCGGAGUCUUCAUCCUCAAUCACGAGGAUCGCUGGGGAGGGAGUCGGAUGCGGAGGAUUAGGUUCCCAGCAUCAGUCUCGCUGCGUGGACAAGGUUGGUCGCAGUCGAACGCCCCCACCCCUUCAAAGUCCUGUUACACGGGCCAGGUUGAACGGGACUCUGGAGCCAUCUGUAGAAUACACAAGCUGCCCUCGAUCUAUAUCAGAUCCUUCUGGGAGCCAGCAAGUUGAGGAGAGGCCCAUCACCCCCACUGUGCUGGGGUAUGAGGUCAUGGAGGAGAGGGCCAAGUUCACGGUAUAUAAGAUCCUGGUGAGGAAGACUCUGGAUGAGAGCUGGGUUAUUUUCAGAAGAUACACUGACUUCUCCAGACUCAAUGACAAGCUAAAGGAGAUGUUUCCAGGCUUCCGCCUCUCACUGCCUCCUAAGCGGUGGUUCAAAGAUAACUAUGAUAGCAACUUCCUGGAAGACAGACAGCUGGGACUACAGGCUUUUUUGCAAAACUUAGUUGCACACAAGGACAUUGCCAACUGCCUGCCAGUGAGAGAGUUUCUGUGUCUCGAUGACCCACCUGGGCCUUUUGACAGUCUGGAGGAAAGCAGGGCAUUCUGUGAGACUCUGGAGGAGAGCAACUAUCGUCUCCAGAGGGAGCUGCUGGAAAAGCAAAAGGAGAUUGCCUCCCUAAAGAGGAGGCUGGAGGAGAGGGAGCAGGCUAUCCUACUACUGGAAAAGCAUAUCAAUGGUGAGAGUGUUAGUCCAUGUCACCUGUCAGCUCAGGGCAGUGAGAGCAGUGCAGAUGCAGAUGUGGAGUCGUCCGCUGCAGAGGCCGAUCAGGACAUACCUGAAGACACCGGUGGCAGGUGUGACGUGCAGCCUGUGCGGUCCUCUGCCUGCUGGUGCGGUCCGUCGCUCAGCGUCUCUCCUCCGGUCAUCCAGGUCACUCAGCUCUACCACAAGAAGUCAGAACACUAACGGCAAACCCUGGUCCUCCUCGUCUCCUCUUCCCUUUUUUCUCCUCGCCGCAGCACGACUCCAACUGUAUUUUGUUGGAGCUUUUUUGUGUUUUUGUUUUGACUUUGCCUUUCCCACCUCCUGUCACAUUUCAUCUUACCACCUUUCAGAGUGUUGCUGAUAUUUCAUCUUCCAGUCUUGGAGUUGGAUGAUGCAGCAGUUCCCUAAAGGCCUGGGCUUAAGAGAGAAUGGCUGUAUCCUAAAAGCACCAAGUAAUAAGAUAUUUUAUCUGGCACCUACAGAGGAUGUUGAAGACCUUGAGAACCUCAGACUAGGUGGAUCUUCCUCACAGUGCGCUGGAAUUUCUUGGUCCCACUAGUUCACUUUUGAACCUAUAGCAGCUGCCACCAGAUUUAAUCAGUUAGAUCCUGCAGUCCCAAAGACAGAGUCAAGAUUCUAGACCCCAAAAAAAAAAAAAAUAAACAUGAUUUUCACAAUUGUGACCAUCUGUAUAAAAUCAUCUCAUUAGUUUUUGCAGCUGUGCUUUGCCUUAUGGAUCCUUAGUUGUGACAAGUGGCCCUCUUUUCAAACCAGGGAAACGACACCCCCAUGUGGCUGUACAAACAAGUCUGACUCAGGAUAAGCUGGUAUCAAGUGUGUUUCACAGAGGAUUGGUCAAUUGUUUUUUUUGCACUUCUAUCCUUGCAUUGUACUGCCAUUUACUGUUGUUGGUAGAGACAGUCCCUUCUUGAAAAAUUUCAUUGCGUUUUCACUUUCUGGUGCAUCUAAAAGCCUACGC